AUGACAGCCCAGCCGGUGCCGGCAGCCCAGUCAGUUUCGGCAGCCCAGCUGCCCUGCAGCCCAGUCGCAUCCAGCAGCCCAGCUGGUUCUGACAGCCCAGCUGGCCCUGGCAGCCCAGCUGGUUAUGACAGCCCAGCUGGCCCUGGCAGCCCAGCUGGUUCUGACAUCCCAGCUGGUUCCGGCAGCCAAGUCGCUUCCAGCAGCCCAGCUGGUUCUGACAGCCCAGCUGGUUCCGGCAGCCCAGUCGGUUCCAGGAGAAAAUCUGCCCAGCAGCCCAGUCGCUUCCAGCAGGCCAGCCAGUUCAUACAGCUCAGCCGGUUCCGGCAACAGAAUCGGUUCCAGCAGCACAGCUGCCCCACAGCCCAGUCGCUUCCAGCAUCCAAGCCGGUUCUGACAUUGCAGCUGGUUCUGGCAGCCCAGUCAGUUUCAGCAGCCCAGUUGCCCAGCAGUCCAGACGCCGGAUCUGCAGCCCAGCCAGUUCUGGCAGCCCAGUUUGUUCUGGCAGCCCAGCUGGUUCCAACAGACCAGCUGGUUCCAGCAGCCCAGUCGGUUCCGGCAGCCCAGCUGCCCAGCAGCCCAGAUGCUUCCAGGAGCCCAGCGGUUCUGCCAGCCCAGCCGGUUCCGGAAGGCCCAGUCAGUUCUGGCAGCCUAGAUGACCUGAAACCUAGUCGAUUCCAGCAGCUCAGCCGGUUCUGA